UAAGCGAGAUCAUGUCUUCACAUCCUUCUACCCGUGUUGUAUCUGCUGAAAUGCAUAACCCUGGGUUUGAGCUGUCUCAGGAGGUCAACGCAUUAUCCCGGAAACCCUCUGAAAUCAAUCUGGAUGAUUUCAUAACGGAUCUUGGUUUAAUAGAUUCUCAAUAUGGACAGCCCGCUCCUCAUCAUAACCCAAGAAUCCUACCCGGCCAUCUCCCUGGUAUUCUGCCUCGGGUGAACCCUGACCUGAAGCAGGACCUGAAGCAGGACCUGAAACCGGACCUGAAGCAAUACCUGAAACCGGACCUGAAACCGGACCUGAAACCGGACCUGAAACCGGAGCUGAAGCAGGACCUGAAGCAGGACCUGAAACCGGAGCUGAAGCAGGACCCGAAGCAGGACCUGAAGCUGGACCAGAAGCCCGGCUUCAAACCUGGUCAGAAACAUUCAACAAACAGGCUGACUCUUUCCAAAGUCAGAAAGAGUUUACUUCCUGAAUUUCAACUAUCCGUUGAAAAAACAUCUACCCUAAAGAAAGAACGACAGGGCAUCAACCAUCAUGACGCAUCUGUAAUAAUAAUUUCACCCGAUACUUCCCCACGAGCGCUGACCGUCUCCCGCUCUGAAACAACAGCGGUAGCACACGCUGAAGCUGGCCCACCAGACCACCCACUUCCUAUCACUGAAGCUGGAAUCAGCACAUCAGAGAGGGAAAACCCACUACCUGUACCCUCGGCCCCAAGGCGUGCAAAACUCGCCAUUAAGAAGAAGAAGAAGAGACCGACCUUUAAUAAACUACGAUCAAUGGUACGAGCCCUCCAGCAAAGCAUUACUAGGAUUGCCUCCAAGGUGGAGACCGCUAGACGCAUGAUUACAGAAACUUCAUCAACGGUGGAACGGAUACCGACCUGUGGGUCACGUCGAUCCGAAGGCUACAGAUCAAAAUCCAGGGUGCUUCUGAGAACCUGCCACAUCCUGAUGGAAGAACUUUUCAACAACUAAGUAAUUUGUGACUUUUGUAAAAUAUGGAUAA